AUGCUGUCGCGACUUCCAUUCAAGGCAGCGGCCACGAAUCCUAGCACUGCUUCUGCAACAAUGUCCACAACUCGUCGUCUUUUGUCGACUUCAAAGCCAAGCUUAAGGACUUAUGGUGGUCUUAAAGAUCAAGAUCGUAUCUUCCAAAAUUUAUACGGCACAUAUGGUCACGAUCUUAAAAAUGCCAAGCGUAUGGGAGAUUGGCACAAGACCAAAGAAAUCAUUUUAAAAGGACACGACUGGAUUAUCAACGAGAUUAAGAAAUCCGGCUUAAGAGGACGUGGUGGUGCUGGUUUCCCUUCAGGUCUUAAGUGGUCUUUCAUGAACCCACCAGGCUGGGACAAGAACCCUGGUCCCCGUUACCUUGUUGUCAACGCCGAUGAGGGUGAACCAGGUACUUGUAAAGAUAGAGAAAUCAUUAGAAAAGAUCCUCACAAGCUUGUCGAGGGUUGUUUAGUGGCUGGUCGUGCUAUGAAUGCGACUGCUGCUUACAUUUAUAUUCGUGGAGAGUUCUACAACGAAGCUGCUACUCUUCAAACAGCCAUUAACGAAGCCUAUGCUGAUGGACUCAUUGGUAAGAAUGCCUGUGGAUCCGGUUAUGAUUUCGAUGUGUACAUUCACAGAGGUAUGGGUGCUUAUGUUUGUGGUGAGGAAACCUCGCUCAUUGAGUCCCUUGAAGGAAAGGCUGGUAAGCCCCGUCUCAAGCCCCCAUUCCCCGCUGGUGUCGGUCUUUUCGGUCGCCCCACCACUGUAACCAACGUCGAGACUGUUGCUGUUGCUCCUACUAUUUGUAGAAGAGGUGGUGAAUGGUUUGCUGGUUUCGGUAGAGAAAGAAACCAAGGUACUAAAUUGUUCUGCAUUUCUGGUCAUGUCAAUGAGCCAUGUACCGUUGAGGAGGAGAUGUCCAUUCCCCUCCGUGAAUUACUUGAGAAGCACUGUGGUGGUGUCCGUGGUGGUUGGGAUAACCUCCUUGGUGUCAUUCCUGGUGGUUCUUCCGUUCCUGUGUUGACCCAAGACGUUUGUAAUGAUGUUCUUAUGGACUUCGAUGCCCUCAAGGAUGUUCAAUCUGGUUUGGGAACUGCUGCCGUAAUUGUCAUGGACAAGUCUACCGACAUUGUGCGCGCCAUUCAAAGAUUCUCUUACUUCUACAAACACGAAUCAUGUGGUCAAUGUACCCCAUGUCGUGAGGGUACUACCUGGUUACUCAAGGCUAUGGACAGAUUCCGUGCUGGACAAGCCAAGGAGCGCGAAAUUGAUAUGCUCUUUGAGCUGACCAAGGAGAUUGAGGGUCACACUAUUUGUGCUCUCGGUGACGCCGCCGCAUGGCCCAUCCAAGGUCUCAUCAGAAACUUCCGUCCGGAGAUGGAGGCCCGCAUUCGCAAGUUUAACGAGGAAGUCGGUUCUGUCUCUGUUGGUGGAUGGACUCCUAACUCCGGUGUCGCCAACGGCCAUGUUGUAGGUGCUACUGUUCCAGGUGCCCACUAA